AUGUUAACGAAGAACGACCAUCGAAUACGGCCAAUACGUCAAAAGCAUGAGGGCAGGCUUCUAACAACAAUAGAGAAGUUCCAUAGCAACGUAAAACAUCGAGUAAUUUCAUUUCGAUAGAAUCUGCAUCUCUAAAGUGCCGAUUAUUCUGAAACAAAUAUGUCCACUGAACCACCAGUAACAGAUGGCUCAACUGAUGCCCAAAAUGCCAACAACAAUGGCAGUUUCUCACAGACAAAGAGUGGAAUGAGCGGGACAAAACGAUCCAUACCUUCGCCUUUAACUAGCGCCAAGAACAACACUGCAAUGGACAACCGUAACAUGAGGAGGAUCAUAGCAGAGGACCCCCACUGGUCAUUGGCUACAGUCCCUCUGUUAACAGAACUUUGUGUCACACAUAUUGUUAAUAAUUUUGCUGAGCACCCAAAGUUAAAUGAGCUAUUACCAAAGUACAAGGAUAAAGUCUUGGAAAAGAUUUCGACAGACCUACCUUUACCUGUUGUAGCACAUCUAGUAUCAGAUGAGGGCUACUGGCAGAGAAGAUGCAAAGCUACAUGGAACGUCUGCGAUGUUUCCAAGUAUGGACAGAGCUGGAAAAGGAUGUUCUUUGAGCGGCAUGUGGAGUACAUCAUAGAGCACUUUGUCCCUGAGAGCACUGAGGUUACUCAGCUUGCCACCACUCUUCCCCUAUCUAGCCCAUACAUCUGGAAACUAGACAUUAAACAGUUGCUUCCACCGGUGAAAGAGGAGCAGAAUAAAAGCUCUGAUGAUGUGUCAGAUGUGGGAAGUGAUUCUGGAUUAGACACACCCUCUAUGGAUCACUUUGAGUUUAGCACGGUCUUUGAUAAACUUCCCCAUUUGCAAGAGUUUAGCGUGACUUACGGAGUAAGAGACUGUGGCAUGAACUUCGAGUGGAAUUUAUUCAUGUUUACUAAUCGCGAUUGUCUCCUCUUAUCAAAGUGUAUCAAGAAGUGUCGAACACUUAAAGUUUUUAAGCUUCACAAGAGUAAAGUUGAUGAUGAUAAGGCACGUGUGUUGAUCGCACAUAUUCUUGACCAUCCAAGCCUGCUGGAACUUGAUUUGUCACACAACGUGAUUGGUGAUAGUGGAGCAAGGGCAAUUGGCAAGUUCCUAAAUGGUCAUUGUAAACUCAGUAAACUGUUUCUGAGUAACAACAAGAUUCGGGCCAAUGGUGCAGCAGCAAUAGGACAUGCACUAACCAAGAAUACUACACUUAAAUUAUUGGAUAUGAAAUUAAACAGGAUUGGAGAUGAUGGUGGUCAGGCAAUUUGUCAAACAUUAACAAAGAAUACGACGCUAGAGAGGAUCAACCUCGGUAGUAACGAGAUGAGUGAGCCUACAGCGGCUGUACUUGCACAGAUUGUCAUUCACAACACAACAUUAAGGGACAUUGACCUUUCAUGCAACAGGCUUGGACCAGAUGGUGGUAAACAGAUCCAGGAAGGAUUAGAAGAAAACACGACCUUACUUCAUGUCGACUUGCGUCUGACUGAGGUCGGGCAAGAAAGCGAAUACUCAAUCAAUCAGAUUCUCAAGAGGAACCAAGAGAUGCACCGCGAGUUAACUCUUCAGAAAACACAAAACAUAGAUCGAUAAAAAAGAAAAUCUUUGUGAAAAAUAAUAAAGAAUAUACAAACAUUACAGCAUAAAUCCAAAAACCACCAUAAAUUUUACUUUAGCAUGCCUAAAAAAAUAUUUUGAACUGCCUUUAAAGUAAAAACAAUACUAUGUUAAAAUUAUGUACAGUUAUGCAUAUUUCCUAUAUUCGGAAUCAUAAUUUAUUGAUUUUAGAAAAUAAAAUGGCAAGGCAACAAUUUUCAUUCUCAAUUAUUUUUUUACUAUCAUUUAAUAUUACAUUAUCUGCAACUCUAGGCUUACAAUGUAGAUGAUUAAGACCUCUCAAAUAAGCAUUGGAAAAAUAAAGGUAGAAGAAUAACUCAUAACUUGCAGCUCUAAUGUGCUGAAUUGCGUAUGUGUGUGGUACAUAACUACAGUCCCUGCAACGAGGCACUUACAGCAGUUUCAUGUUCACACAAUUCCACAAUCAAGGGCUGAAAUGUACCAUAGUAUCAGGGGUAACCUGCUACUCUUCUGAAGCUACAUUUAUGCUAGACAUGACGACAUACUAUUGCGUUUAAUAUUCUUCAACACUGAGCGCAUUUUUAUCGUGUCUUGUCUAGUGUAAACGUAGCUUUAAGCCUGGUUCUCACGAGAGCCCUAGUAUCCGGAUCGGGAGCUAACUGUUAGCGCUAACCAUUAGCACCACUGUGUGAGAACGCCCGAUCGGUUAGCGGUAUCUGGGUACUGUGAACAGUUAGCACGUUGAGCGUGUUUCUACCAUCAACCAAUCACACGUACGCGUUUACAAGUUCCAGUUUCUUAUUGGCCAGUUCUAUCAUAUUCUUGGUAUCCGGAUUUGGAUCUUCUCGUAUGGACGCACGGCAGCUAACGGUUAGCAGGAUCCGGAUCCUGGCAACCGUUAGCUGCCGUGUGAGAACAUAGCCUCAAAGUGGGUUCUUUAAAAUACACACAAGACAGAUGUGUACAAAGGACUUCGAAUGAGCGCCAAGAUUAAGGUUGUAGCUAUAGAGUAGUUAGCGGCACACUGCCUUCCAACUCGGCCACUUGACUCGCCCAAAUAUAUUCAAAUAUUGUAGUAUUAAUGGUGUAGCAAAUCUGAUAGGCAUGUUCAACACAUGAUACCAUUUUUGCAAGUCAAUCAUUUGUAGUCCACACUGUUCUGGAGCAAGUGCUUCUCUCGUAUAAGCACCACAAAGCAGCGUCUAAAAUUGCUAAGCACCUCCGGAUCUUCCACGUCAAUUUUACAAUUAUUAUGAAUGACAUUUUUUUAGUAUAUAAUUUCUAUAUUAUCCUGAUAUAAGAAACCAUGCAUUGAUUUUCUGAAAAUAAAAAGGUACCAUAACACUUGGUAAUACUGUACUGUA